CGAGCAUCUCAUCCUAUCUGAAUCACUCUCCCGUGUUCUCUCCCGACAGUAAUGUUCGUAUCCUUGGAGAAACAAUCUUUUUUUAGCCACAUCACUCCAUACUCCUCAUUUAUAACAAAAUUCGCGAUUGAGGCCCUGAUGGAGCCUCUCGAAUCACCAACCGUGAAUUAAUCAUCAUGCGGCGGUGGUAUUUUGAAUGAUGCACAGCUCCGCAAAUCAUAACAGAUAUGUCCUAACUCCCACUGUUGAAACGUUGAAGGUUGAUACAUACCGUAAUAGUUGCACUGCGGCUUCUUCAAUUUAAAUCUCAGUACUAGUGGGAUUCCGAUCUGAAGCUUGGGCGCUUGCAUCGGUAUAUCCAUUGACUUACAAGUCAACGCGCUUCCAAAAUCUCACGUUCUUUUGAACGGGAUCAUCAGCACGUCCUUCACAACGGAUGAUCACAAACCAAUCAAGACCCGUUAAAAAAAUCCCCCAAGUUACAGGUAUAAAAGUAAAGAUAGGAUUGUUUCGAUGAGUUUUUCCUCAUCUCUACUUCAUCUUGAUCUCCAACCAUGGUCUCAUCGAUAAACACCAAUUACCUUACCGGUUCUCAAGUCCUUGCAGUUCAGCAUGUUAUUAUCAGGAUCGGACUGGAGUUCCUUUUCUUUGGAAUACACGCACUACUUUUCAUUGUUUCAACGUGGCUACUUUUCCAAAAAGGAAUCGGCUUAGUCCGUGCUAGAAUACUUCUUCUCAUCAUAACGAGUGUCAUGUUUCUCGCUUCCUUUGGUGUCAUCAUUAGCGACAUGAUGAUCUGUCUGCGUCAAGCAAGCUCAUAUGGAUUAAAUGCACCCACCACAAGAGAACUUACUUUUGGCCUUCGACUUGCUUCCGAGGUGCUGAUGAGGCUCAAUUUUCUUCUCGGAGACGUGAUCGUAGUGUGGAGAACUUGGGUAGUCUGGUCGCACAGCCUAAGUGCCCGGCUAUUGCUUGCGGUGUGCAUGUUGGGCACAAUAAGCACUGCUAUUGCAAACGCAACGACGGCCAUACUGGUUUUUGUGCGAAACACCCCAGGACCCAACACACUCUCCCUUGUGUUAACGUUACCUCCGUUCAUCACAAACUCCGUGGCGACAUCGUUGAUUGCUGUUAAAGCGUGGUACUACCGAAAGCAGAUAAAAUCGAUGCUUACUACAAGUACAACGUCCAGAAUGUCCUCUACUCGAGUGGAACAGGUUUUUAUCCUACUCGUCGAAAGCGGAUUCGUCUAUUGCGCAGUCUGGUUACUCAUCCUCAUCGCGGGCUUUGAUGUCAUGACUCCCGCUAACAACACGCUGAUUUGUGGUAUUGCUGUUAGCCUUACGGGCAUCUAUCCGACCUUCAUCGUAAUCAUGGUAUCGUUGGGGAAAUCACACGCCAACACUGUGUUCAGUUCACCGGAGGAAUACUCAACGUCGGAAAUAUCUCAGCCGUUACAUUUCCCGACCUCCGGCCCGGCGCGUCAAUCGAAUGAAAGUGAAUCGCCGCUUCCGGGAGAGAAUAAGGAUAACUCCCAGCAGGCGAGCCUUCAUUCAACGGGUACUGGGUAUGAUGGAGGGGAACCUUUACAUUGGGCUGGGUCGGCCAAGAGUCUCGAGCUGCAGAGACAUCAAGGACGAGCGAUGUGACGGGAGGCUCUAAUCUGGUUCUUCCCACCCAUCCGUGGCAGCGUGUAUGAUUUUAACUCCCCUAUAUUUAUGGUUGUCUUUUUGUUGUCAGCUCUAUUUCUUCGCGUGUCCUCACAUUUCACUUGAUAGGCCCAGUCUGAAUUUCUUACUUUUCUCCACGCUUCGCCGCUUCCCAGGUUCCCAUUGUUUUUUUUUCCCAUUGGUAUACUUCAGGACUAGCUUUAGGUUAUACUAUAACUCUGACUGUCUGCCCCA